UUAUUGUACCUUUCACUCACAAUGCACUGCGAGAUCCCGCCGGUUGCGUUCCUCGCAGCUAUGUCACUGCUGCUGCUCUCUCUGCAAUGGCAUUGACAAGCACGAACUAUUGCAACUCUCUUUGUCAUGGCCUGGCUUUUCAAGUUGUCCUCAAUGUUGUCCGCGAUUUCGAUGCCACUGUGGGGUAACAUUAAUCUGAACAUUGCCAGACUGGUGUGGUGCGAUAUCAGUAGCAACAUAAUCGUAAGGUCUGCAUUGGCCCUCCCGGCUGCCUGCUUGUUGCAUUGGCAUUCACCUCGAGUGUCGCGACCAACGCAACCACCAGCUUUUCGAGCUAUCAAGGCACCUUGGAAUAUGGUUUUCAUGAGACUUGGUAUGAACAUUUCUAUGAAAUGUAUUAUCGUGCUGGCCAUAUUUUCCAUUCGCGUCCCUCUGGACUGUGGGUACAGUCCUAUUUGUUCACACUGGAGCACCUCUCGACCUAUGGGUCCUCUUGGAAAUCUCCUGAAUUUCUAUGCCGUAUCAAUCAUUGACCACAUUCAUUUUCUUGAAAAGAAUGGCAGUUUGAAAUGUGUCACCUAUGAGCAACAAUAUAACGAUACAUGGGACUGCACAAAAGCAGUUGGACGGACCACACUGCUCCCAUUAAAUACAAUGAGAGAGGAGCAACCUCGGAAUAUUCAUGUUCGGGGGGUGGUGGGCAGACGAUUGAAUUAAAUCGAGAAACUAUUAAACAGAAUAUGUCCAUUAUGUGGUUAGUCGGUAGGAGAAGCAGUACUUUGCUCAAUUGCAUCGCAUCUUCCUUUUGUCGAUGGAUAAUAUCUAUUCGUCUGUUGUGUACAAUGUUUGAGACGUCUCGGGUCUCAUU